UGAAAAUUGACAAAUCUAAGGUUUAUUAGUAUUCUAGAAGCACAUAUCAAAUUGUAAGACCUACGCAACACAACCAAUUUCAAUGAACUGGUCACAUGUUUGACUAUAACUUUUGGUCCACAAAGGAGAGGGAGGGAGGGAGAGAGAGAGAGAGUCUUCAAUACUCCAUGCCAAAAGCUGAUGCAUUUAUCUCCCUUUCUUCUCACAUGAUUCCUGCUGUAAGAAGCAACAGAAGGUCUCGUUUUGAUCUGUGGUUGUGAACUCCUUGCCGUGAUUCAUGGCCUAAUAUAUAUUCACAGAUUUCUGGCUUUUCAUUUCACUCCAGAUCAAAUCCUCUUAUUGAAGCCACUGCCAAUUUUUUGAUCAAUUUCCAUGGCUUAUGGCAAUUCAAGAUCCGUAAGAUUUCAAGAUGAUCUUGAACUAGAAGAGUUGCCAAUGGUCAAUGGGGAGGGUGUGAUUAAGGUGAAGUACAAGAUUGAUGGAACAGAAAUAUCAAAGCCUAGUAGUUCAAUAAGGGCCAAUAAGGAGAGUGUUGGGACGGGAAGAUCACUGAAGUCAAAAGUACUAUCCAGGGUCUUCUCUGAGGACUACGAAAGAGUGAAGAAAAAGAUACUGGAUCCUCGCGGGCAAACGAUUCACAGAUGGAACAAGAUUUUCUUAGUAGCUUGUUUAGUCUCGUUAUUCGUAGACCCUUUGUUCUUCUACUUGCCAGAGGUCCGAAGCAACGUGUGUAUAGAGAUUGGAAUAUCACUUGAAGCGGCCCUCACGAUCAUCAGAUCCAUCGCGGAUGUGUUUUACGCGAUUCAGAUUUUCGUUAAGUUUCGGACCGCCUAUGUUGCGCCUUCUUCUCGUGUAUUUGGGAGAGGAGAGCUUGUUAUUGACAGUUCCAAGAUUGCCUCGAGGUACAUAAGGAGAAGCUUUUGGAUUGAUUUUAUUGCUGCCCUUCCCCUGCCUCAGGUAUUUAUUUGGAUCAUUAUCCCCAAUCUAGGGGGUUCAACAAUGGCAAACACCAAGAAUGUCCUUCGAUUCUUUCUCAUUUUCCAGUACAUCCCGAGGCUUUUCCUGAUAUUUCCGCUCUCAUCGCAAAUCGUCAAAUCCACUGGCGUUGUGACAGCAGCAGCAUGGGCUGGUGCUGCUUAUAACUUGAUGCUGUACAUGUUAGCAAGCCAUGUUUUAGGAGCUUGCUGGUAUCUUUUGUCAAUUGAGAGACAAGAAGCAUGCUGGAGUCAUGCCUGCAGUCUUGAGAACCAAUCUUGUAAAGCUGACUUCUUUGACUGCCGCAGGGUCAACGAUUCUGAUAGAAAGAAGUGGUUCCAAGCAAGCAAUAUCACGAACAUUUGUGAUCCAAAUACCGGCUCUUAUCCUUUUGGUAUAUUCAGUGAUGCAGUGACAUCUCGUGUUACAGCUUCAUCAUUCAUAAGCAAGUACUUCUACUGUCUGUGGUGGGGUCUGAAGAACUUGAGCUGUCUUGGACAAAAUCUUUCCACAACCACUUAUGUCGGAGAAAUAAGCUUUGCAAUCAUCAUAGCAAUUCUGGGAUUGGUUCUCUUUGCAUUGCUCAUUGGAAAUAUGCAAACAUAUCUCCAAUCCACAACCAUUCGGUUAGAGGAAUGGAGGAUCCAAAGAAUGGAUACAGAACAAUGGAUGCAUCACAGGCAGCUUCCUCCAGAACUAAGGCAGUCCGUGAGGAAAUAUGAUCAGUACAAGUGGGUGGCUACUCGUGGAGUUGACGAAGAAAAUCUUCUCAAAGGCCUGCCUAUGGAUCUCCGGAGAGACAUCAAGCACCACCUUUGCUAUGAUCUAGUUCGCCGAGUACCCUUGUUUGAUCAAAUGGACGAACGGAUGCUAGAUGCCAUAUGUGAGAGGCUUAAACCUGCAUUGUGCACCCAAGGCACGUCCCUAGUACGCGAGGGUGACCCCGUCAACGAAAUGCUCUUCAUUAUCCGUGGCAACCUCGAUUCCUACACCACCAACGGCGGGCGCACUGGUUUCUUCAACUCGUGCCGCAUCGGCCCGGGUGACUUCUGCGGCGAGGAACUCCUUACGUGGGCCCUCGAUCCGCGUCCUAGUGUCAUCCUCCCGUCCUCCACCCGCACCGUGAGGGCCAUUUCCGAAGUGGAGGCGUUUGCUCUCAGGGCAGAGGACUUGAAAUUCGUGGCGUCACAGUUCAGGAGGCUCCACAGCAAACAACUCAGGCACAAAUUUAGAUUCUACUCUCACCAGUGGCGGACGUGGGCCGCGUGUUUUGUGCAAGCGGCAUGGCGUAGGCAUAAAAGGAGGAAACAUGCGGCAGAGCUCAGUGCUAAGGAGUACCCUGCCGCUGAUGAGUUCGAGCCGUUGGGUGGACCGUUUGGCGCAGACGUGGUACCACCCGGUUCAGGAAUCGCAGUUUAUACAGCCAGAUUGGCGGCGAGCACUAGGAGGGGUGUUGAAAAGUUUUCUGGAUCCCAUUCCGGUGUGGUUACCUCAUAUCAGAAGCCGGCGGAACCUGAUUUUUCCGUCGACGAGGAAUGGAUCCAAGAUGAUUCUGAACUUGAAGCCUCAAGUUCCCGAGGUCAAGAUUAUGGCGCGGCCAAAUUCAGAUCACAGGAAAAUGCAGAGAAAAUAAGAGGAAGAGGAGAAGGGUGCUUCAAAGCCGAACACAUGGUCUUUGCAGAAGACUACCAUCGGGUAAAAAAGACGAUAUUGGAUCCUCGGGGACCGGUGGUGCGACACUGGAACGAGCUUUUCCUGGCAGUCGCCAUGAUCUCUCUGUUCAUUGACCCUCUCUUCUUGUUCCUGCCUAAGAUCAGCCCCAAUGUGUGCAUUGAAGAUUUGAAGUCGCAAUUCAAAGUUCUGAUCACGUUUCUACGGUCAUUGACAGAUUUCUUCUAUGUGAUCAAUAUGUUGGUCCAGUUUAGAACAGCUUAUGUCGCGCCUUCUUCUCGUGUGAUUGGAAGGGGGGAGCUCGUUAUAGAUCCUUGGCAAAUAGCUCAUAGGUAUCUCCGGCGGGGCUUUUGGUUUGAUCUCUUGGCUUCACUUCCUUUUCCACAGGUUAUGAAUUGGAUGAUCAUACCUUAUUCAGACGGUUCAGCGACUGUAAACUUUAAAAUCGCCCUUAGGUUUAUCCCCUUGUCGCAGUUCCUUCUGAGAUUCUUUCUUCUAUAUCCACUCUCAUCAAAGAUUCUAAAGGACACCGGAAAAAUGACCGAAACAGCUUGGGUCGGAGCUGCCUAUAACAUGUUGCUUUUCUACAUCGCGAGCAAUGUUUCUGGUGCUUGUUGGUACCUUCUUACUAUCGAACGACAAGAAGCGUGCUGGAGAAGCGUGUGUGAAAAUUUAGAGAACCAAACUUGUGUCUACGGAUUCUUUGAUUGCAGCACAGUAAAUGACACGGAUAGGGUCAACUGGUUUUCAAUAACUAAUACUUCCACUCUAUGCAAUCCAACCAAUUCAUACUACGAAUACGGGGUAUACGGCCUUGGACUGCAGAAUAACGCUCCAUCCGAAGUGUUUGUCAAGAAGUACUUCUACUGCUUUUACUGGGCCUUGCAGAGCUUGACCUCUAUAGGUAACAAUCUGGCCACAACUGAUUAUCUUGGGGAAAAUAUUUUUGUCAAUCUUGUUGCCAUGUUUGGUCUGGUUCUCCUUUCGGCGCUUGUCGGAAAUAUGCAAGUUAGUACAAUCGUAGACAUUGUUGUCAAUCCCAGAUACCUCCAAUCUACGUCAGUCCGGUUAGAAGAGUGGAGGCAGAAGAGAACAGAAGCAGAACAGUGGAUGCAUCACAGGCAGAUCCCAGCAGAACUAAGGCAGUCAGUGAGAAAAUAUGAGCAGUACAAGUGGGUGGCUACAAGGGGAGUUGAGGAAAAAACCAUUAUCAGUUCCCUCCCUAAGGAUCUCCAAAGGAAAAUCAAUCACCACUUAUGCUACAAUCUAAUUAAACAAGUACUGAACUUUCAUCUCUCUGGUGUUUUGGCAUCGUUUGGCUUCCUGUUUUCUGUUUUUGAUCUCCAUGGUGUUUUGGCAUCGUUUCGCGUUCCCCUAUUACGUCAAAUGGAUGACCACAUGCUAGACGGAAUAUGCGAGAGGCUGAAGCCGGUACUCUUCACCGAGGGCAUGUUUCUCGUUCGUGAGGGCGACCCUGUUAAAGAAAUGCUCUUCAUAAUCCGAGGCCGCCUCGACUCCAACACCACAAACGGAGGCCGACAAGGGUUCUUCAACUCGUGCCUUUUAGGCCCCGGUAACUUCUGUGGCGAGGAACUGCUGACGUGGGCACUUGACAGCCCAACCGCGGUCCUACCAUCGUCCACGCAGACUGUCAAGGCCAUUUCGGAAGUCGAAGCCUUCGCCCUGAUAUCCGAGGACUUAAAAUUCGUGGCGUUGCAAUUCAGGUUGCGACAUAGCAAACAACUGUUGCACAAGUUCCGGUUUUACUCACACCAGUGGAGGACUUGGGCAGCAUGCUACAUACAGGCUGCGUGGCGUAGGUACCGAAUGCGCAAGGAAUUGAUCCGAUGUAACAGCGGCGAUAUGGACAUAUUCGUGCCCCAACCGGGGGCUGGAUUGGAAGUAUAUGCGGCUAGGCUUCUUACGAAUAUGCGGAUGGGUGGAAGGAACAGAGUCCAAGAUGAGAUUGAACUCGAAAGACGGGGAGAACCUGACCAAGCGAAAAAAGGGAUCAAGCAAGAACCAAAGAAUGCGAAAAAGAACUUACUUGAGAGGACCGGGAGCUGCUUCGAGACCAAAUCACGGUCCAGAGUUUUUCCAGAGGACCACGAAAGAGCGAAAACAUCGAUAUUAGAUCCUCGCGGACCGGUUGCCGGAAAAUGGAACAUGAUUUUCUUCACAGCCGGUCUAGUCUCUCUCUUCGUCGACCCUUUGUUCUUUUUCUUGCCAAUCGCUCAACCCGACUUUUGCUUUGAUACCGGCCGAUCCCUACAGGUAGUACUGACGAUUGCUAGAACGCUUUACGAUGUCUUCUACGUCGUGCACAUCUUUGUCCAGUUUCGGACAGCAUACAUAGCGCCAUCCUCGCGUGUGUUUGGUAGAGGAGAGCUUGUCAUAGAUCCCUGGAAGAUCGCGUACCGGUAUCUUGUUAAGGGCUUCUGGGCUGAUGUGAUGGCUGCAGUUCCCCUUCCACAGAUUCUAGUUUGGGCAAUCCUACCGAAUCUAAGCGAUUUGGUGACUUCCCAUACUCGUAUAGUCCUCUGGUUCACCAUCUUGUUGCAGUACUUUCUGAGAGUAGCUCUCAUAUAUCCACUCUCCUCCCAAAUCGUCAAUUCCACCGGGGUCAUGACUACCGAAAAAGCCUGGGUCGGGGCCGCCUACAACAUGAUGCUCUAUGUAUUGGCCAGCCAUCUUUCAGGGGCGAUUUACUAUAUGUUAACCGUGGAGCGACAAGAGUUGUGCUGGAGAAGCGUGUGCGCUCAAGAAGCGGGAUGCGAGUAUUCAUACUUCAAUUGCGGAAUGGUUGGGGACCCCGGUAGGAGUGACUGGUUCCAGACAACGAAUGUAACAAGCUUGUGUAAUGCGGCCACGAGCAAUACCUAUUAUCUGUGGGGUAUUUAUCAGAUUUCGGUGCAAAACGCGGCAACCUCCUCAUCUUUCUUGCACAAGUACUUCUUCUGCCUUUGGAUCGGAAUCCAGGCCCUAUGCUCCAUUGGACAGACUUAUACCUCAAGCAUUUUCCUUGGAGAGAAUAUCUAUUGCAUUGCCAAUUCAAGUAUUGGGCUCAUUCUUCUCGCUCUCCUAAUCGGUAAUAUGCAAAGAUACCUUCAAUCGAUAACAGCGAGACUGGAAGAAUGGAGGCAAAAGAAAACAGAUACAGAGCAAUGGAUGCAUCACAGGCAGCUACCCCAUGAAUUAAGGCAGGCUGUGAGGAAGUACGGAGAGUUCAAGUGGGUAGCUACGCAAGGAGUUGAUGAAGAAGAUCUUCUCAAUACCCUUCCUGAUGACCUCAGGCGAGAGAUCAAACGCCACCUCUGCCUCAAUCUUGUUCGACAAAACCCCCUCCUGGACCAGAUGGACGCCCGAAUGCUGGACGCGAUCUGCGAGCGCCUGAAGCCCGCCUUCUGCACCAAAUCCACCUUCCUCCUCCUCGAAGGCGACCCCAUCGACGAGAUGUUCUUCAUCAUCCGCGGCCACCUUAACUCCACCACCACCAACGGCGGGAUCACCGGCUUCUUUAACUCCUCCUCCGUCGGCCCCGGCGACUUCUGCGGCGAGGAGCUCCUCUCUUGGGCCCUCGACCACCGCCACACCGACGUCCUCCCCCUCUCCACCCGCACCGUCGAGGCGGUCUCCGAGGUCGAGGCCUUCAGCCUCACCGCCGAGGACCUCAACUUCGUCGCCUCCCAGUUCCGCCGCCUGCACAGCCGCGAGCUCAUCCACAAGUUCAGGUUCUACUCUCACCAGUGGCGCACGUGGGCGGCGUGCUUCAUUCAGGCGGCGUGGAGGCGGCACAAGAGGCGGCAGAGGGGGGUUGGGAGCAACGAAAACGGGGGGCCGGUUCGGGUGCGCCGGGCGGGUUGUAGUAUUGCGGAGGAGAUGAAUUUGUUUGUGCCGAAGCCCGGGGCGGGUCUGGAAGUGUAUGCGACGAGAUUGAUGAAUAGUAUAAGGAGGACCCGGUCAGAUGCGGGUGGUGAUGGCGGGUCUGGCCCAGUACCGGAAAGGCCCGAUCGGUUCGUUACGGAUGAUGAGGAAAUCAUAGGAACGACGUCGGUUGAAGGCUUUCUUUUCGAGUGACAUGGAUAGUUUCAAGUUUCAACUAGUUAAUAUAACUGGAAUGAUCUUGCUUGUCGAAAAAAAAAAAGUUUCAGCGAGUUAUUUUGGAACGAGUAAAUGCUAUUUGUAGAAAGUUUUGCACAUAAUAUUUUGUUCGUGUUUAUUUAAAA